AGUGCUAUAGUAACAGGCUCUUUAGCGGGUUCGAAAGAACGGAAGGCAGAAGAAGAAUAAAAACAAAAAAACUUGCUUGUAAACCGAAUAAAAGUAUUUGUCUAAUCAUUAUGGAGACAGAACUUACUUCCUUUUCUUUGAGAGAAGAUACAAAGAAAUACCUAGCAGAGCACAAAAUACCUCAGCUUUUUGAGUCACUUCUGAGCUCUUUAAUGAUGGAACGCCCUGAGAAUCCAGUAGAAUACAUAGAGAAUAAGAUGUGCCAAAUUCGUGAUAUUGGGCCAGAGAAUAUCAACUGGGAGACCUUGAUAUCACACCUUCAUCCAUACAGAGAUAACAUACGGCGCCAACUCAUCAGAGAUGGGAGCAUCUUUGACAAGGAGUACUCUGAGAUACUUGGCGAGAUGGAGGACUUUGAACAGAGAAAGAAGGAUUGCUUUGAAUUUAUUGCUCAAGAAAGAUACAAACCAGAAAUAUUUUCACUUACUGAGGCCAAUUCUUAGCGGUGGUUGUGGACAGGAGAAGCAUUUCUUGCUCUUCAAAGGCAAAGUGUUUAAGAACUGAGAUUAUUUAUUUCCUUUCAUUUUUCAGGUAAUAAUUCUAAUUUUAUAUUUACUUCUAAAAACAAUUCCUAAGUUUUGCUAUGUUUAGAACAUUUAAGGAAUUUAGAAGCAAAAAGAUUCAGAGCCAAAUAUUUUGCAAGAAAUCAAGUUUCCCUUAAUCACAAAAAUAGUUAAGGUUGGUGAUAGUUUGUUUAAAUAUCUGCUGAGUAAAAUGUAUUUUUUUCAAUUUGGUUUAUGUUUACAGCACCAAACUUAACAUAGUUACAAAUGCGUUUUAAAGAGAAUUUAAAAAAAAAAAGCAACAAUUUCUUUUCAGUUAUUGAAAUUGUAAAUUGCUUACAUUUCAAAUUGAAAUGAUAUUUAAUCAUUAAAUGUAAAAAAUAAGAUUCUUUAUAUACCAUAACAUUACAUAAAGUGCAAUAAGCAAGUCUUAAUGUCAUUAAACAACUUCAUAACAACCCAUUAUUUGAAAAUUUUUAAUAAGAAAGUGUUGUUUGAAAAAUAAAUUCAUUCAGAAAAUUUAAAAAUGUUACUUUUGAUAAAAUAUUUUAUGAAAAUAAUGUUUGUGUGUGUGUGCGUGUGCUAAGAUACAGAUUGUUCUUUCAUAGAACAGAUAUUUUGCUCAUUCUCAUGCAUCUGUGCACUGUCUAAAUAGAUGUAUCAUUUUCAUCAGAAUUGUACAUUUGAUAUUCAGAUACAAUACAUCUAAAAAUAUGAAUGUAAAUUUUUUUUUUUUCUUCAAGAUACCAUACAGUAUUUGAUGUCAUUGUAUUGAUAAUUUUAUCUUCUACUUGAAUCCAUUAAACAUUAAAAAUGUUUAGUUAAUAAUUACUUAUUUCAGUUUUAACAAUUUUUUGGGGAUUGUAAAUUUUUUUAUUAAGCUCAAUUUUGGAAAUAAAUACACCAGUUAAAAAUGUAGGUCUAAUGCCUUCCAUCUUGCCUCAGUAAUUGAUAAUCUGAACAACCAUUUUAAAAUAAUGUGGAUUGCAUUUAUAUCAUUUGUAUUCACAUUGUUUUUUCCCCUAACAUGUAAGUACCUUAUUUACAAUAUUAAAAAGAGUUUUCAAAGCCACAGU